UUCUUCUGUUUGCUGGUUGCUAACGAGAAGAUGUUGCGCGUUAUUAUUGACUCAACGGAAUAUUUACACCAUGCAGUGAAAACCAAGGACAGUGGUCGAACUAUCUUCUUUCCCUAGUUGGUAUUUUGGAUGAGGAACAUUGCGUCGGCGAAGGUUUAUUGGCUAACACAGGACUUGUAUCGCUUUGUUGUGAACGUUUAUUUUUCAGUAUAUCAUGAUGGGGAGAAAGAUGAGGGCUGUUUUACUGAGGUUUCAGUGUAUCAGUUUUAGACCGUAUUUUUAACGCAGUUUUCCUGCGUACAGUAAUGUACGUCUUCACCUGCUGUGUUCUUGCUAUUUAGUCACUUAGCUAACCUAACUUGUUCACAUUGGAGACAUCACUAGUUCAUCCCAUUACGUUCAGAUUUAUUGUACACUCGCUGGCCAUCUCCGUGUCCGUCUUGAGAGCUUGGUAGAUUGCCUUGAACUGGAGUUGGAGUUAUCAGCAGAAAUCUAAACAGGAGAACGGUCAGGAUGCACACCACUCGUAGCCCCUCGUCCGUCCAGAUGGGCCUUGCAGGGGAUGCCCUGGACCUUAGCCUGGCUGGUUCCCAGCUCUCUGUGACCCGCCGGCCCAGCAGCGCCUCUCCAGGCAAACACUUCACCCGCUCUGUCUCCGUGACGGUGGCCAGCGAGGGCCGGGGCAAACGAAACACACUGAGUGACGUUGGGUUUGGAAGCUCUCGCUCCAUCAAGAACCUGAGGAGGUCUAACAGCACCACUCAGGUGAACCAGCAGACCAGCAUCAGUCUCAGUGAGGACCAGACGGAGGAUUUUCUGGCCCUGUUUGACAGCAGCACAGACGGCCGCAGGAAGCUGGCCAGCCUCAGCAAAGCCUCCCCAGACCGCACCACCUGGAACAUUCUGGACGACCAGCCGCGAGCCUUCCCUCUCCCCUCCCCCCUCCCCUCCAGCUCCCGCAGUACCGGCAGCGUAGACUCUCCCACGGGCCUGAAGAAACGAGAACCCGACCCUGCGCUGCUAGCUGCCAACUUCACCGCCAACAACAGGAGCAACAAGGGAGCUGUGGGGAACUCUGUCACCACCAUCUUACACAACAACUACUCAGACAAACCCCUCACCCCCAAGAGCUCCAACCAGAAGCCCUCCUUCAACAACAUCCUCAAAGCCACGGGAAAUGACGAAGGUACCUUGGAGAACGGUUCUGUCACCAAGUCCCAGAAGAACUUCUCGUCCUCGUCGUCCACCUCCAACAACAACGCUGCAGCCCGGGCGGGCAGCCCUGGCACGCCUCGCAGGAGGGAGGUCACCGAGGAGGAGGCCGAGAGGUUCAUCCAGCAGGUGAACCAAGCUGCGGUGGCCAUCCAGCGCUGGUACAGGCGCCAUGCCAGGAGGCAGCAUGCCAGCCAGGCCGCCCUUACACGUGUCCUCACCACCAAGAGAAAGGAGUGGGAACAGAGAGCAGAGGAAGAGCGAUCCCCAGAGGUACAGAAGAAGAAAGAGGAGGACAGGAAGAAGAUCCGCGAGGAGAAGGCUCGUCUGGCACGCCUUGCAGCCAUACAGGAGCUGCAGCAGAAGAGGGCCCAGCGGGCUGCGGAGGUGCAGCGCUCCGCCCAGGAGGAGCUGGACACACUGAGGCAUGCUGGGAAGGUGGGGCGCAGGAGACCCUUCAGGAGCACCCCCAGCAACCUCAGCCCCACCUCCCCCGUUGACAUCAAGGCCAAGAACACAGACUCCAACGUUAACGCAGCGUCCGAUCUGGAUGACCUCACAUCCUCCCCCGCUCCGUCCAAUCGCAGAGGUUCUCAGUGCUCCCAGGAGAUCCUGCUGAGGUCUGUGAGUGUGGAGGACCAGCGACAGGGGGCGCCGUCGAGCAGAGCCCAGUCCAAGACCACCCUGAACGACCUGCUGGACACCCUGAAGCUGCUGGAGGAGGAGCCGGAGAGGCUGUCCGAGCCCAAGAGCUUCCUGAAGGACAAGUACUCCUGGAUAGAUGAGGAUGGGGACUCCACCUCCCUGACCACAGACAACCUGGAGCGGCACGGCCAGCUGAUCCAGGCCCCGGUGCUGCCUGACGGGGCGGCGGUGCUGCCUGAUGGGGGCGCCCUGCUGCCAGACGGGGGAGCUCUGCUGUCGGAGGCCAAGCUCCAGAGCAUCAUGAGCUUCCUGGACGAGAUGGAGAAGUCUGAGCAGGAGAGGCCUCGCUCCGUCACCUCAGGCUCCCACAGAGAGGUGCUGCUGUCGGAGGAGGAGCUGGUGGGGGUGGAGCUGGCUGGGGUGGAGCAGGCCUCGGCCACCGCUGCAGAGGUCACGAGCUCCAUGAUGAGACUGAAACUGGAGCUGGACGAGAAGAGACGCACAGUCAACAUGCUGCAGACGGCUCUGGCCCAGCAGAGGGAGCUGACAGUCAGGCAUGUGAAGGAGACAGAGAAGGAGCUCCACAGGAGCUUCCAGCAGCAGAAGGAUCAGUACGAGGCCACCAUCCAGAGACACCUGGCCUUCAUCGACCAGUUGAUAGAUGAUAAGAAGGCCCUGAGCGAGAGCUGUGAGGGUGUGGUGACAGAGCUCAAGCAAGUGGAUCAGAAAUACACCAAGAAGAUCACCCAGAUGCAGGAGCAACACGAAAUGGAGAUCAAGAAGCUGAAGGAGCUCAUGAGUGCCACUGAGAAGGUCCGCCGGGAGAAGUGGAUCGACGAGAAGACCAAGAAGAUUAAAGAGAUCACCGUCAAAGGUCUGGAGCCGGAGAUCCAGAAGCUGAUCUCCAAGCACAAGCAGGAGCUGAAGAAGCUGCGGGUGCUGCACCAGGCGGAGCUGCUGCAGGCGGACGAGAGAGCGGCCCAGCGCUACGUCCAGCAGAGCGAGCUGCUCCGCACACAGCUGGAGAGGGACAGGGACGAGCUGGGCCAGAGAGAGAGGGAGCUGGCCAAGCAGAGGUUUGAGAAGCAGUUACAGGAGGAGGAGAUGUCCCUUCAGCAGCAGAGGAGGCGUCUUUACAAGGAGGUGGCCGAGGAGAAGGAGAGACUCGCCCAGCUGGCUGCCAGGCAGCGCGGGGAACUGGAGGAGCUGCGAAGGCAGCUGGAGGAUAACAGCUCACUGGCGGGCCGCGCCCUGCGAGACGAGCUGGACAAGAGCAGGGAGGAGCAGGAGAGACGGCACCAGGUAGAGAUGAAGGCAUUGAGAGAACGUCUGGAGAUUGAGAAGCAGACCUGGGAGGAGAACUACAUGAAGAAGGAGGAAGCGUGGCUGCUAAGUCGAGAGAGAGAGCUGAAAGAGGAAGUGCGGCGAGGGCGGGAUAAAGAGAUCGAGCUGGCCAUUCAGAGACUGGAGGAGGAGACCAGCGGGGCCAGGGACGAGUGUGAAAGGGCGGCGGACAACAGGGUGAAGCGCGUGAGGGAGAAGUGUGAGGCGGAGUUGCGGGAGCUGGAGCGCUCAGAGCGGGCGGCGCUGGAGAAGCAGCAGGAGGUGAAGAAGAGGCAGGUGGAGACGGAGGGAGAGCUCAUCCACCUGCAGGCCCUCCUCAGGCAGAGGGAACAGGAGGUGGAGCACAUCAGCCAGGCGAGAGACAAGCUGGCGGAGGAGCGGCGGAGCUUGGCGGAGGUGAUCCGGGAGGAGUUUGCGGAGCGCCUGUUGUCCACGGAGGAGGAGAACCGGCGGGUGAAGAUGGAGGUGUCGGAGGUGCGAGCCCGUCUCCGUCUGGAGGUGGAGAGGGUGACCCGGGAGAAGGAGGAGGAGCUGGCGGAGGUCCACCACCGUGUGAAGUCGGCCAUUUUGAAGAAGGAAGAGACUGUCAGCAGCCUCCGCAAGCAGCAUGAGGCUGCGCUGAAAAGGGCGGACCACCUGGAGGCCUUGUUGGAGCAGCAGAGGAAGCAGCUACUGGAGAAAUGAGCGGCUUUGGUGGCGGGACUUCCUCCUCUACCAAUGAGCGGCUGGGGGGAGGGACUUCCUCCUCUACUAAUGAGCGGCUGGGGGGCGGGACUUCCUCCUCUACCAAUGAGCGGCUGGGGGGCGGGACUUCCUCCUCUACCAAUGAGCGGCUGGGGGGCGGAACUUCCUCGUCUACCAGCCCUCGCCCUGGCGUCCGCCGCUGUGCCACU